AUGUCGAGCAAGACAGCCAGCACCAACAACAUUGCCCAGGCACGGAGGACUGUGCAGCAGUUGAGAAUGGAAGCCUCCAUCGAAAGAAUAAAGGUUUCAAAGGCAUCAGCGGACCUCAUGUCCUACUGUGAGGAACAUGCCAGGAAUGACCCCCUGCUGAUGGGGAUACCAACUUCAGAAAACCCCUUCAAGGAUAAGAAGACCUGCACCAUCUUAUAG